GAGAGCGUUUGAGCUUGUGAGAGAGUGAGAGAGAGAGAGAGAGAGAGAGAGAGAGGAGAAGGAGGGGGGGAACAGAGAGAGAAAGAGAACACGAGCUUGUGAAGAGAAAGAGGGAGGGAGCUUCAGGCAGCGAGGCUGGACUACGCCGCUCAAACACUGCAGUCUUUCUUUGCUUCUCAGAGGAAAACUGUCUCUCUCUUCUUCCUUUUCUGCCCGUCUCCUCCUCCUUGCUCCUUCUUUUCUCGCCGCUCGGCCAUGACCCCGGCGGACACCUUAAUCUCCUUGCCCACCUAGAGAAGAGGAGAGGAGCGCUGUAGCGGAGGAGGGGACACCGCACACUUUGCCUCACUGAUGAGAGUCGGGGAAAUUAAUUAACCGCCGUCAGCGCAGAGAGGGGCUCAGGAAUAGAAAAAGAGCAAGUUUAGGGAGGAAGGGAGAUCGCUAGAUGUGUGAAAAUCAGGCGGGACGGAGAGUAAAUCCCUUGACACUUUUCGGAGACAAGUUAGGGCAGAAGCUAAAGAAUCAAGGAGGAGAUUGUGGUAGGCAGCAAAUCCACAGGGACACUAUUUCAAGAAGCCAAAGGAUGGUCUGCUCACAAACAUCAUUCAUCCUCUCAUGCUUGUUUUCAACCCUCCUCUCACGUUCAUAACUCCAUCCUUCCCUCUCAUCUCCUUGUAUUUUUUCAGUUUUCCUUUAGUUUUUUUUUUUUUUCUUUUCUGCAUGUCAGCAAAAGCACGUCGACGGCCACAACCACACGCUGCACACUCCUCAGACGCUCCUCAGACCACAGUGAGCCUUUCAUUCUCAGUGUCCGUGUGAUCCAUUACUGAGUAAGAGAAGUUGAUUAGCCAAAGCAGUGGUGCCGUUGCUUUCCGGGGCCGGGAGCAUCUGCUCAGGAAUUUUCUCAUGAGACCAGGUAGGAUAUUUCUGGAUCAUUUUGCCAACGACAAGCAGCUGGAGAGGUUGAGCUCUCCGGGUCGUUUACCUGAUUGAGCUGUUAUGAGAUGAAACUGCAAACCAGCUCUCAUCUCUCCGAGAAUUACAACUGUGUUUGAGGGAUUACGGGAAAGGGAAACAGAGGCGUGCAGAUGUGCAUGUGUAUGUUUGGAUUAUGUCCUAAAUACACAGAAUCACGCUGGUGUUGAGGCAGGAUUAUGCAAACUCUAUAUAUAGUGGCACUGUGAGAUUAAAGGGACAAAGUAAGUCCAGAUCGUGGUUGUAAUUAAAUCAACAGUUCCAGGGUUCGUUAAGGGUCAUUAUUAUUUUGAGACAAACUGGAGACAGGUUAGGAACAUUACCCAAAAUCCAUCCCCUCUGUCUCCCGCUGGAAUAACUUCUCAUCCCUCGUUUGUCGACUUUGCUCCCACCUGAAGUACUAGUGACUAUUAAAGACUCUCAAAGACUCACUCAGCCUCCGUAAUGAGACGCUCGAGCACAGAUGAGACCCCGUACCGACGCAGUCCAUCUCUGGACUCCAAGCCCGACACGCCGCCGUUCACCUCUGGGUUCCACCGCUUCAGCGGGGAGUUUGAGUAUAAGCGGCCGCCUUUCGCGUUCGGCUUCCACACGACAAAGGGGCCGCAGACAUCCAAGGGGCGCUACGCCCAGGGGAAGAAGUAUGUGGUGUUUUACCUGGACCUCUCCUUCAUAUUCCUCCUAGAACUACGGCGCUGCAGGAUGGCCGAGGGUUGCAUGAUGGCCCUGCGAUAUGGAAUGGUCUUCUUCAACCUCCUUUUCUGGCUGGGAGGAUGUGGCAUACUGGGAGUCGGGGUCUGGCUAUCAGUGACCCAGGGAAACUUCGCCACCCUAUCAUCAUCCCUUCCCUCCCUGUCAGCAGCCAACCUGCUCAUUGCAGUUGGCACGAUCAUCAUGGUGAUCGGCUGCCUGGGUUGUGUUGGAGCUGUCAAAGAGAGCCGUCCUCUGCUGCUGACGUUCUUCAUCCUCCUCCUGCUCAUCUUCUUUCUGGAAAUUCUGUCCAUCAUGCUCUUCUUCAUCUACCAGGACGAGAUUGAUCAUUACGCCCAGAGGGAUCUGAAGAAGGGUCUGCAGCUCUUUGGCACAGAGGGCAACGUGGGUUUGACCAACGCCUGGAUGAUAGUACAAACUGAUUUUCGUUGCUGUGGAGUCACCAACCACACAGACUGGUUUGAGGUUUACAACGCCACCCGUGUGCCAGACUCCUGCUGCCUGGAGUACAGCGACAACUGUGGCCUUGACAACCCGGGAACAUGGUGGACGGCGCCGUGCUACGAGCGGGUUAAGGACUGGCUUAAUGAGAACCUGGUGGCACUUUGGAUCUUUGCUCUAUGCACAGCACUUACUCAGAUCCUGGGUCUGGUCUUCUCCAUGACAAUGUUCUGUCAGGCAGUGAAAGUCGAGACCUUCUACGCCUAGCGAUCGACCCCUUCCCCCCUUCCUCCCCCACCUCCCGCCCUUCAGCUCACAUGGAUUGUUUCUCAUCCGAGAGGGCGACAGAUAUAGACCCAUCUCCCUCCUCUUCCUCCUCCUCCUCCUCCUCCCUCGACGGACUCUUCUUUCCAUCCCUUGUCCUCUCUGUGACAUUCGCGCUCAGAUGUCAUCAGUUCACAGUUCCUCUGCUAACUUUCAACAAGCACAGUGUCAGUGUGAUCCCCGAGUUCCUAUGGUUUGCUCUGUGUUCGAAGCUAAUUUCCGUGAUACAUUUUACGACGCAGUAUUAUGAACAUGUAUAAAAAAGAAAAAAGAAUGACGUAACCCUUUUUUUUAAUAUGUGUUUUAAAUUAUUUUAUGGUUUGUACCGUUGUGUGUUUUCAAAACCUGAGAGCUACAGUUGAGAAAAGAGCACCGUGUGAAGUGCUGCAAGUGCAUGUCUCCUGCCAUGAUGUGUAUUAAAUGUUUUGGCUCGA